GGCGAUUUCCCCUACAUCUACCCUACCAACUCAAUCGACCCUCGCCCCCGAUGGAUUCGCCCGUCGUCACGCGUCUCUUUCGGGAACUGUUCCGUCACCCUGCCUGCCAGUCGCGACAUGGUCUUUCGAGGUUAACACCAUCAUCUUCCAGCCUCAUCUCCCAUCCACCUCGACCUCGACCUCGACACCACCACCAAAGAAGACACUAUGCCGUCAAGGCGAAAAUGCCCAAGGGGGAAAACACGAAUGAAAGUGCCUGGCAACAAAGAUCGCUCAUAUAUACAGAAGACAAGUCCGAAGAAUUCAGCCAGUACCCUACCGUGACGGCCGAGGAACUUCGAGGUCGAGACCUGAGGCCGAAAAAAGUGAAGAUGCUCAUGCGCGACUUCAUCGACGACAGCUUAUAUAACCCACACUACGGCUACUUCUCGAAAAACGCCGUCAUCUUCUCCCCCGGAGAGCCCUUCGACUUCCCCUCCUUCCGAAACGAACCCGACUUUUACCGCGAACUGGGCCACCGCUACACCGAGUUCGAGGAUGCCCUGGACGCCGAGGAGGGUGUCCGGGACGACCGGCCCCUCUGGCACACCCCGACAGAGCUCUUCCGCCCUUACUACGGCGAGGCCAUCGCCCGCUACCUCGUCACCAACUACCGCCUCACCACCUACCCGUACCACGACCUCAUCAUCUACGAGAUGGGCGCCGGCCGCGGCACCCUCAUGCUCAACAUCCUCGACUACAUCCGCGACGUCGACCCCCAAGUCUACGCCCGCACCCGCUACCGCAUCAUCGAGAUUUCGUCCAACCUCGCCCACCUCCAAGGCCAGAACCUGCGUCGCUCCGAUGCUGCUGCCGCCGCCACUUUCUCCUCCUGCUCCUCCAACCUCACCGCCAGCCGCCACGCCGACAAGGUGGAAAUCAUCAAAAAGUCCAUCUUCGACUGGACCGAGCGCGUCCCCUCCCCCUGCUUCUUCCUCGCCCUCGAAGUCUUCGACAACUUCGCCCACGACUGCCUCCGCUUCGACCUCCGCACCGAGGAGCCCCUCCAGGCCCGCGUCCUCAUCGACGCCGCCGGCGACUUCCACGAGUUCUACGACCCGGACCUCGACCCCGUCGCCGCCCGCUUCCUCCGCGUCCGCCACGCCGCCACCGCCGGCCGUUACCCGGCCCCCUACCCUCCUCACCGCUGGCUCCGCGACCUCCGCGCCCGCCUCCCCUUCAGCCCCAACCUCUCCCCGCCCGAGUACAUCCCCACCCGCCUCAUGCAGUUCUUCGACGUCCUCGAGCGCUGCUUCCCCGCCCACCGCCUCGUCACCAGCGAUUUCCACUCCCUCCCCGACGCCAUCGAGGGGCUCAACGCCCCUGUCGUCCAGACCCGUUUCGAGCGCAUGACCGUGCCCGUCGGCACCCCUUUGGUCCACCAAGGCUACUUCGACAUCAUGUUCCCCACCGACUUCACCAUGGUCGAGUGCAUGUAUCAGGCCAUCACCGGCAAACUGACCCGCGUCUCGUCCCACGGCGACUUCAUGCGCCGCUGGGCUUACCUCGAGGACACCGAGACCCGGAGCGGCGAGAACCCCCUUCUGACGUACUAUCAGAACGCCAGCGUCCUGGUGACUGUCUAAAGCCAAGAGACGAGGGCAGUUAAGGGGGAAACUGCCCUCUUUUCACACUUGUCCUAUACACAUCUCAUAUCUUCUUCCAUCUUCCAUCGUCUCGCCCCUGUGUAAUAACACAUUUUCCCCAACAUACAGACGGGCCGUGCAAGGCCGUUGGUGUACAUACAUCUUUAUAUAUACUAUACUGCUACCUGACCUGGGUAUACCCUUUACACACUACCCAAGAUACAUUCUAUGCUGCGCAUCACUCUGUCCCCUGUCAUGCUUAUGUAGUGUAUCACGACAGAUGAUGAUUCUACCCUGCCUCUCUUAGCCGGGGAACAAAAAUGCACCGUCCAUCCAUCUACCAUAUCCCGCAGAAAGCCAUUUUAUAUGCUCGUUGGAAACUCAUUCC